CUUGGAUUCAAUCUUUACGAUUUCUGAAAUUUACAUCUCCUUUUGACAUUCCCUUCCCCCGGAAACAUGGGAGUACUUCUAGCCGGUUCGCUCCUUGCCCUCUUGACUUAUACAUCCGCCACUCCAAUUGUGCAACAAACAUCUCGUUCAGGCUUCAUCGAUCUUCCCAAAAGCUAUGCUGCCCUCGGAGACAGCUUUGCAGCUGGUCUUGGCUCGGGAUUUUUCUUGAACAACUCCAGAGACGCUUCUGAUAUUGAAUGUAUUCGCCAAGAUGAUUCAUACCCGAGACAACUUCUCCAGUUCCUUCCUUUCUUGUUGCCUAAAGACCAUCCUUUCGAUUUCACCGCAUGCACCGGCGACGUGCUCGACGACAUUGACGGACAAAUAGCCAAACUUAUAGGAAGGAAAUUUGACGUCCUCACCGUCACUAUCGGUGGAAACGACUUCGGCUUUGAGGAGAUAGCAGUCGCCUGUGCCUACGCAAAAAUUAUCCCAGGUGUCGACGCCCAAGCAGUCUGUGACGCCGCCCUAGACGCCGCCUUCGCCACAGUUGAUGAUCCAGCCAUCCUCGACAAAUUCGAGCAGAAACUUGACCUCAUCAAAUCCUCAUCUCUAGCUCCAGGUGGAACAAUCUUCGUCACAGGGUAUGCUCAAUUGUUCGAUGGCCCUAUCGAAGGGGACGCAUGCGAUCAGAUUUCUUUCUUCCCAAUCGUAGAGCUCGCAGCUUUGAAUAUCACUUCCUUCAAUCGGCUCCGCUCGAACGACCUAACUCUUAAGAUCAAUGCUCUUAUUGAGAAGGCUGUGUCCAAAGCUGGCGACGAAUUCCAGUUCAUCGAUUUCGAUAAGGUGUUUGAGGGGAAGAGAUUCUGUGAGCAGGACAAUGAUGAUGAUCCUAUCGGCGCCAAUAAUCCUAAUGUCUUUUUCAAUGAUCUUACUACGAUUCUACCAACUCCCGGCAUUGCUCCACUUGAUAAGCAAACUCCCGGUUUAACCGGUGUUGAUAUCACGGAUCCGUUGCAGCAGGUUUCGGUUUUCCAUCCAAAGGGAUCGCUCCCUUAUACUCCCCUCGCUGCUGAGAUUGCUUUCAGAAUCCUGAUUGAUGCGCUCAAGAGUCAUGAUGUAGUUGUUGGUCCUGCUAAACACUGUGGUGGUUCAAAGCAUUGGCGACGUGGAGACGACUGUUGCUAUGAUAUCCCGGAUAAGUGUGCGAUGGUCAAGCAAGAAUGGAAGGAUGCUCCAACUGUUGUCUGUGAGAAUGGAGAUAGUUACGCCGCAAAGAUUGUAGCAUAAGAGCUGGAUGUGUGGUGUUUAAAACCUGACGGACUUGAAGUUGAUUCGAGUGAGACAUGGCAUGGCAUAGGCCAGCUGGGCCAGAUAUAGACAAAGACAACCAGGGGUCUUAUCUCGAAUCUCACUCUACUGUCUUUUAUAUAGGAGUUCAAGUGCGCCUCAAAACCAACGGAAAUUCUAUAGCUAUAUGAGCAAGAC